AUGGAAAUUGUUGAUCCACAAAUCAUAAUGGAAGAGAGAGACACAUCUAGUAGGAUCAGCCAAAAUACUGAAGGCAAUGUAACCCAGGAAUGCUUGGCAUCAAUACUUCAAAUUGGAGUUGCUUGUUCUGCUGAAGGCCCAAAAGAGCGGAUGGAUAUUAAAGAUGUUCUCAAGGAACUACGAAGGAUUAGAAAUACUGACCCAAUAUCAUAUAAAAUCACACAUCUUCUCUUUUACAUUCACUCUAUUGGUUUUUUAGCCAAACCAACUUCUGGUUUCACAAAUGAAACCGACCGCGAAGCUCUGAUCGCCAUUAAAGAUCUAGUAACAUCCGACCCGUCGCAAUUUCUUAGUUCGUGGGCCGAUUCUAUUCAUUUUUGCAACUGGCACGGAGUUACAUGUGGGAGUCGACGCCAACGAGCAACCGUCCUAAACAUGUCAUCACUUCACUUGUCUGGUUCCCUGUCUCCUCACAUAGGUAACCUUACCUUCCUUGAAGAUAUCAAUAUUCAAAAUAACAACUUCCAAGGCACAAUCCCACUAGAAAUUGACAGGUUGUUUUGCCUUCAAUAUCUUCUUUUCGCAAACAACUCUUUCCAAGGAACAAUUCCGACCAAUCUGACUCAUUUUCCACGUAUCCUAGUCAUUGAAUUGAAAGGAAACAACCUUGAAGGUAACAUUCCUCCUGAGUUAGGCACUUUGUCUAAUCUCUAUCAACUGAGUCUUUCCAGAAAUCAUUUCUCUGGAAGCAUUCCACCUUCACUUGGAAACCUCUCUGCUCUUCAAAUUCUUGACCUUGCACACAACAACCUUCAUGGAACCAUUCCUAUCGAGCUUGGACACCUCUCAAACUUACAUGUAUUCCAAUUGUCUUCGAAAAAUCUGUCUGGUAUGGUUCCUGAUCAGCUCUACAGCAUCUCCACCAUCCAAAUUUUCUCGAUUGGUGGAAAUUUACCCAAUUCGAUUGGAAAUCUGUCCAGCACCCUCACAUCGGUACGGUUGGAUCAGAACUACAUAUCUGGAAACAUACCUCAAGAGAUUACAGAACUUGUUGGCUUAUCUUACAUCACGAUAGAUACAAACAUGCUCACAGGUAGCAUUCCUGAUUCCAUUGGCAAACUUACCAAUUUACAAGAAUUCUACCUUUUCACAAAUAACAUCUCCGGGGAAAUUCCAUACUCUAUUGGCAACAUCACUGGAUUAACUUCUCUUAUUUUAGAAGAAAAUAUGCUCGAGGGAAGCAUACCUGUUUCUUUGGGUAAUUGCAGUAACUUGCAAGGACUCCAUCUUGCACAAAAUCGCCUAACUGGUGGCAUACCUGGAGAAGUCAUUGGCCUGUCUUCGCUCUAUCUUGGUUUCAUCGUACGCCAGAACUAUUUAACAGGACCAUUGCCAUCACAAGCUGGCAAGUUGGAGAAUUUGGUAUCACUGGAUAUUUCAGAAAACAAAUUGUCUGGUGAAAUCCCGAGUGCUCUUGGGAAUUGUCUGAUGUUGAACUCCCUGCAUAUGGACGAUAACUUUUUUGAAGGAACCAUUCCUUCAGAGCUAAAAAACUUGAAAGCCAUUCAAUUCAUGGAUUUUUCACGCAACAAUUUGUCCGGGAAUAUUCCAUUGUUCCUUGGGCAGUUGAAUUUACUUGUCGAUCUCAAUCUUUCCUUCAACAAUUUUGAGGGUGAAGUGCCAAACGGAGGAGUUUUCAAAAACAUCACUUCAUUUUCAGUUCUAGGAAAUAGAAAUCUAUGUGGAGGGGUCAAGGAACUACAAUUGCCCGCAUGUCCCACAGAAAGGGUUAAAAAGCGUUCUACACGUAGAGUGAUAUUGGUCGCAAUUGACAUUGGAGUUUCCAUCAUUUUCUUGGUAGUAUGUGUUUGUGCUGUUCUUUAUCGAUUAAGAAAGUCCAAACAACCCUCUGUGGUGUCAACAGAAGAAAACCAAAAUCCGAAACUUUCUUAUGCAGAACUACAUCAAUCUACCAAUGGAUUCUCUUUAGAUAACUUGAUUGGAAAUGGAAGAUAUGGUUCUGUUUAUAAGGGGAUUCUCAAUUUCGGUGAGCAAAUUGUUGCUGUGAAAGUCCUUAACCUUCAAGAAAGUGGAGCAGACAAGAGCUUCUUGGCAGAAUGUGAAGCAUUAAGGAACCUCCGCAAGGUCAUCACCUCAUGCUCAAGCUUAGAUUUUAAAGGCAAUGAUUUCAAAGCUUUAGUCUUUGAGUUCAUGUCAAAUGGAAGUUUAGAGAGCUGGUUAUAUCCAAGUUCAACUGAGCAGAAUCACACAAAAAACUUGAACCUAACCCAAAGGCUCAACAUAGCAAUCGAUGUAGCCUCUGCAUUGGAAUAUCUUCAUCAUCAUUAUGAUAUACCAGUCGCUCAUUGUGAUUUAAAGCCAAGCAAUGUUCUUCUUGACAACAACCUCUAUGCUCAUGUAGGUGACUUUGGCCUAGCAAGAUUUCUUUUUGCUGCCACAGGAAACUCCAACUACGCACAAAGCAGUUCAAUUGGGAUUAGAGGAACAGUUGGGUAUGUCGCUCCAGAAUACAGUAUGGGUGGUGACAUAUCAACACAAGGUGAUUUGUACAGCUAUGGAAUCCUCUUACUAGAAAUGUUUACAGGAAAAAGACCAACCAACGACAUGUUUACAGACAAUUUCAAUCUCCAUAGCUAUGCUAAGAUGGUUCUCCCACAUAGAGUGAUGGAAAUUGUUGAUCCACAAAUCAUAAUGGAAGAGGAACACGGGUCUAGUAAGACCGGCCAAAGUUCUGAAGGCAAAGUAAUAGAGGAAUGCUUAGCAUCGAUAUUUCAAAUUGGAGUUUCUUGUUCUGCUGAAGGCCCAAGAGAACUGUUAAUAUAUUUUAUGUUAGUGUAUAUUAAUGUAUGCUUACUUUAUGCUUACUUUAGUGCUAGUGCUGUUAGCCUUUCGGCUGUAUGUAAUAAUAGUGCUUCGGCCACUCUCACUCCCUCUCCUAUAUAA